GGCCGCCGCCUCCGGGUGAGCGCGGCCGUCGCGAGCCGGCCGUUGCUGGGCAUGCUCCCUGAGUGCCCCGCACCAACAUGGCGGGCGUCUUCGCGGGGGUGACUUUAAUUCUCAGUUUUCGGUUAUAGCCGGCCGGUGCUCGUUUCUCUUCAGAACGCUCUGAGCGCGUGCUGGGGCCGGGGAAAGGCAGGCUGGGUGCGGGGGUGAAAGGUGAGAGGGGACUGCAGGCAUCCGGGCCGGCUCCUGGCGAGAGGAAGAUGGCUGAGGGCGAGCGGCAUGCGCCGCCAGAUUCUUCAGAGGAUACCCCUCCAGCCACUCAGAACUUCAUCAUUCCCAAAAAAGAGAUCCACACGGUUCCAGACAUGGGCAAAUGGAAGCGUUCUCAGGCGUAUGCUGACUACAUUGGAUUCAUCCUUACCCUCAACGAAGGUGUGAAGGGGAAGAAGCUGAGCUUCGAGUACAAAGUCUCCGAGGCCAUUGAGAAACUGGUCGCUCUUCUCAACACGCUGGAUAGGUGGAUUGACGAGACUCCUCCGGUGGACCAGCCCUCUCGAUUUGGGAACAAGGCCUACAGGACCUGGUAUGCCAAGCUUGACGAGGAAGCAGAAAACUUGGUGGCCACAGUGGUCCCCACCCAUCUGGCAGCUGCUGUGCCCGAGGUGGCUGUUUACCUAAAGGAGUCAGUAGGGAACUCCACGCGCAUCGACUACGGCACAGGACAUGAAGCAGCCUUUGCUGCUUUCCUCUGCUGUCUCUGCAAGAUAGGGGUGCUACGGGUGGAUGACCAAAUAGCCAUUGUCUUCAAGGUGUUCAAUCGGUACCUUGAGGUUAUGCGGAAGCUCCAGAAGACCUACAGGAUGGAGCCAGCUGGUAGCCAGGGCGUGUGGGGCCUGGAUGACUUCCAGUUUCUGCCCUUCAUCUGGGGCAGUUCGCAGCUGAUAGACCACCCGUAUCUGGAGCCCAGGCACUUUGUCGAUGAGAAGGCCGUGAACGAGAACCACAAGGACUACAUGUUCCUGGAGUGUAUCCUGUUUAUCACUGAGAUGAAGACAGGCCCCUUUGCAGAGCACUCCAACCAGCUGUGGAACAUCAGUGCCGUCCCUUCCUGGUCCAAAGUGAACCAGGGUCUCAUCCGCAUGUAUAAGGCCGAGUGCCUGGAGAAGUUCCCCGUGAUCCAGCACUUCAAGUUCGGGAGCCUGCUGCCCAUCCAACCUGUCACGUCGUGCUAGGAGGGGCCGAGCGGCCAGAGCUCCUCCGCCCCAGGGGCCCCCUCCCCACCCCUUCCCUCUGUUCUUUCUGUUUGACGAGAGGCUGUUUACUGGGGUGGGUGGUGAACGUGGGGUUGAGGGGGGCUCAGCGCAUAAGGCUGAAGGACCCAAGUUGGGAGAAGUGACCAAAGUGUGGCCAGUUUCCUGAAUUCUCCUGUGGUGGGUGGGCAGGGAGAGGGGUGCAGGGUCCCUGGGCCCCACUCUUGCCCUGGCCUCCCUCUCCUCCUUCCCGUUCAGUCCCAUUUGAGACCAGGCUGUGCGGGCCGCUGUGGGGAGGGGGAGAUACUGUGCUGUUGCCAUUGCUUUCCCUUCCCAGGUUGCCUUGCUAGGGGUUGGAGCAGCUGCUCCCCGUGGGGUGGGUCAGUUUCCCAAGCCAUGUUUGGGUGGGUGUCUGGGUGUCCUGAGGGCUGAAGGCGGAGGCUGGCAGCCAGCCUGGGGUGGGGUUGGGAGGGGAGAAGCGUUGGCUGUCCUGGCCCGUGACCCUCCCAGCUCCUCCUCACGGCUGCCGCCUGGGCCUGCGGGCACCUGUGGCCACCUAUGUCCAGUGCCUCAUCCUUGCUUUUCUGCACUUUGGCAUUUGGCUCAAGGGUAGCCUCUGGAGGGCCCCGGCAGGGCUUGCUCACCAGCAGAUUGUCCUGCCUUUCCAAAGCUUCCCUGACUGGGAGGGGGAGGCAGAAACUCCGGAGGGAGGCGGGGUGGGCUUGGGGCCACUUGGUGGCUGCGGAGAACCUAGGCUUCUCUCCUCAUUCCCACGUCGGGCUGCUCCUGCUCCCUCGUUGCUGCUGCUUCUGCAAGCCCUUGGCCCUGUGUCCCUGCCCCUCUAUCUGGGUCUUGGGUGAGUGGGCCACAGGAGGGCUCCGAAAACAGCAGCCCACUCCCUUGUCCUCCCACCUCCCCGGACUCGCCUGCUGGAGUUCCAGGGGGAGCUCUGAGGACAGGCAGGGGCUGGGCUGGACAGGCAGGGGCUGGGCUGGGCAGGCCCACCCAUGGGGUGAGAGGGUGCUGGCAGAAGCAGGCCAGUUCCAGAUUUUCUUUGGGGGGACUGCUCCCAGGCCUGACUCUCGCAGACUCUCCCCUGCCCAAGCCCAGGUCGACCCAUCUCCACUGUUCCAACCCUGUAUCCGGGUCCACACAGCCUCUGGGAAGGGGGAGCACCCAGGAAGCACAAUUCAGGGUCUUAGCCUUCAGGUCUGGGCCAGUGGCCUGGGCAGAGGCUGGGACAGGAGCCGCAAGAGUCAGAGAGAGAGUUUUGCUAGAGAGGCUUAGUGCCUGCCUCCCUCCCAGGGUCUAGACCACCGCCUUCCUGGCUCCUCCUUCCCGGUCCCCCCGGGGGCCCCCCCAGCCCUUGGCGCCUUCAUUGCUGUUCAGAUUAAAGCCUCUGUUUUGCACCUGUCA